CGUGGCAACAGCGAAGCGAACGCUGCAGCCUUCUUUUUCUCGAGCUAUUCUUUCCUUCCCCUCUUCCUCCUCCUUCUCAGACGAGAGAUCCUUCCUCCCUGCAGCGUCCAAGCCAGGUGCAAGCCGGCGAAGAUGCUGGACAUCCAGAAGCGGCGCGUCCAGCUGCUGCUCUUCAUCACGGGCGUCCUCGCCCUCAGCAUGACCGCUGAGAAGUUCAGGGAGCUUGUUGGAAAGGAGGCUGCAUCGAAGAGUGGGCAGUUCACAUUCAUGAACUGUUUUGAUAUGGGCUCGGGUAGUCUUGCGUGCGCAGGGAAGGAGGGGGUGAAGCUGUAUGUCAACAACCUCCGAAGUGCACACAUGGAAAUGGUGCGGCAGCGAGCCAUUGAGAAAGCAUUGGCUGAUGCUGUGACAGAAGGCCUCAGUCCUGCUGAGGCAGCCAAGCAAGCUCAGAAGGUUGGUGCAAAAGCGAUGAAAGUGGCCGCUCGUCAAGCCAAGAGGAUAUUAGGGCCAAUAAUUUCCUCUGGUUGGGACUUCUUUGAAGCAAUGUACUUUGGUGGAAGCAUGACUGAAGGUUUUCUCCGGGGCACCGGCACCUUAUUUGGAACCUAUGUGGGCGGUUUCCACGGCGAGGAGAGGUUGGGAAAGCUUGGUUAUCUUGCUGGAAGCCAGCUAGGCAGUUGGGUUGGGGGAAGAAUAGGACUUAUGAUAUACGAUGUUGUCAAUGGCUUGAACUAUAUGCUUCAGUUUGUUCGACCAGAGCAGUAUCGAUCAUCUUAUUCUUCAGGAGAAGAUUCAGAAUAUGCAGAUAACUAUAGAAGUACCGAAACAGAGGAACCAACGUAUGGUGAAAUGCCAGAAGAGAACCAGGAGGAAUCAGAGGGGUUCAGUUUGUUCUGAAACUUCAAAACUUGAUAUUAGCUGACUUGUAAUGGAUCAAAGCUUCACUAUACUGAGCCAUAACAUGUCAUGCUUCGUUUUAUAUGGUUAGGUGAGGAUUCGCAAUUCUGUUUUUCUGUUUUGGCCACUGUAUAUAGAAACGUUUGCAUGCAACCAUUGUGGUCCUGUUGAAUGGUCUAAACAGCAGAGAGCAUAUCUGACGGUAUCCUUUUAAGACCGUUCUUCGGGAAGGAGUUCGUUUUGCUGUCGUCUUGCACGGACGUUUCUAAUUUGACAGAGCUGCAGAUGCCACUUUAUUUGGCUA